AAGAAAACCCCAGCCAAAAACAACAAAAAAAUGUUCAAAUUCGCAUUGAUCGCCAGUCUGCUGGUCGUUGUGGCCUUAGCUGCACCCCUCACACCUGAGGAAGAAGAAUUGGAGAGAAAACAGAAUGAGAGCGCACAAUAUAAUUUCAAUAGUGAAAUUAUAGAUGAUAUUAACGAUGGCAUGAUUGCCCGUGAAGAGACACGGGAUGGACACAAAGUGAAGGGUUCAUACAGCUACAGUGAUGGCUUUGUUAAGCGCACCGUACACUAUGAGGCCGAUGAGAAUGGCUAUCGAGUUGUCAAGGAGGAUACCCAGGAAAUUGGCGAAGGACCCCGUUUCAAUCCCGAGGGUCAGGCCGAUGUGCAGGGCUCUUUGAUUGGCAGCUAUUCGAUCAAAUUGGAUCGAGAUGAUGAUGAGAAGCACUACAAAGAUGUUAGAGCUUAAAUUGGCUCGUUUUUUGGUGCAUAGAUGAUAUUUCUAACAUUUAGAAAUGGACUGAAUACAUCGUAAAAUCAUUUAAAAACAACAAAGUAAAACUACAUACACUAAGAAGCCAUCUUGUAUUUUCUCCUCAUCACACACACA